AUGCCACUUCGGACGGUAGAGCUCCCCAAUGCUGCUCGGGAAACGGUCGAUAUCACCGAAAGGACUUAUAUCUCACCACUCCACGUUGACUACCCGGUUCCUCGUCGAUCAGCCAGGUUGCAGCUAGUCUUCGUUGACUACCUAUCUCACCACUACUCCACGUUGACCAACGAUUCACCCAUCAGAGCCAAACAUGUCGUCAAACAUCAGGCCAGCCGCAAAGGCAGGCAUCCCAGUCGGCAAAGUGUCGAAAACUCGCUCCUACCGUUAGUCCUGAGAUAA